ACUGUCUGUACCAGGAGGCUGCAGUACAUACAGUAUGGGAACAUCUGUGAUACUGCUGAUCAUCCUGGGAGCCAUCUCAGCUGUAACCCACGGAGCUGGUGUGAUACCAGACAUUCUUACUGCAGCUGUUGGAGGGACGGUGAUGUUCACCACAACGGUGACCCAACCAGAACAACCGUUCAUGGUGGUCACCUGGAGUUUUACAGAUAUCCAUGGUACUAAUAUUAAUAUAAUAACCUCAACUAGUGUUAACACAACUGGAUCAGCAUACACAGGCAGGGUUACCCUCUUCAGAUCUACUGGAUCUCUGGAGCUCAGUAAUCUGGCCAUCAGCGACAGCGGCGAAUACAGAGUCACCCUCAUACCGCUUGGUGGAUCGCAGCAGAAGGGAAGCUGCAAACUGUUGUUGCAGGUGCCAGUGUCCAAUGUGACAGUGACACAGGCCGGCAGCACAGACCUGGUGGAGUUCAGCAGCUCCAUCCGUCUGUCCUGCUCCUCCUUUGGAUCCUCCCUCUCAUUCCUCUGGCUGAACGGCAGCUCAGAGGUCACGGCCGGAGACAGAGUCCAGCUCACCGCUGGAAACGCCAAUCUCACUAUAGUCAAUGUGACCCGCUACGACCGGGGACCGUUCAGGUGUCGUGCGUUCAAUCCUGUCAGCAAUGGCACCAGUGAUCCACUGAACCUCUCCAUAAGCUAUGGCCCAGAAAAUAUCAGCUUAACACUUCAUCCGUCACAAGAAUACUACGUUGAAGGGUCAAACAUCAGCCUGUCCUGCUCAGCAGUCUCCAGACCUGCAGCCCUGUUUUACUGGUUUCUGAACGGAGACAAGCUGACUGAUACUGGACCAGAGCUCAGACUGAUGAACAUCCAGGAGAGGCAAAGUGGAAACUACAGCUGUCAGGCCUUCAACAACAAAACUCUGCGAUCGCAAACAGCUCAGCUCUCAACUGUAACCGUAAUGGUGCCAGUUUCAAACAUAGAGGUAAAUGCCAGUGCAACAGACAUGUUGGAGUUCAGCAGCUCCGUCAGUCUGUCCUGCUCCUCCUCCGGAUCCUCCCUCUCGUUCCUGUGGCUGAACGGCAGCUCUGAGGUCACAGCCGGCAACAGAGUCCAGCUCACUGAUGGAAACUCUACCGUCACAAUAUAUAAUGUGACCCGUUACGACCAGGGACCGUUCAGGUGUCAUGUGUUUAGUCCUGUCAGCAACGGCACCAGCGAUCCACUGAACCUCGUCAUCAUCUUGGGCCCAGAAAAUAUUAAUCUGACCAUGUCUCCAUCACAAGAAUACUAUGACGAAGGGUCAGACGUCAGCCUGACGUGCUCAGCCAUCUCCAGACCUGCCGCUCAUGUCCUGUGGUUUCUGAAUGGAGACGAGCUGCCUGGUACUGGACCAGAGCUCAGACUGACCGACAUCCGCACGAGUCAGAGCGGGAACUACAGCUGUCGGGCCUUUAACAACAUCACUAUGAGAAAUCAAACAUCCCAGCCUGCAGUUUUAACUGUACUGAAAUCUCACGUCUCCAAUGUGGUGGUGACUCCCAACACUACGGACUUGGUGGAGUUCAGCGGCUCCGUCCGUCUGUCCUGCUUCGCCUCUGGAUCCUCCCUCUCGUUCCUCUGGCUGAACGGCAGCUCCGAGGUCACGGCCGGCGACAGAGUCCAGCUCACGGAUGGCGGUGCCGCUCUUACCAUAAUUCAUGUGGCCCGCUAUGACCAGGGGCCAUAUAGGUGUCGUGUAUUCAAUAAAUUCAGUAAUUACACCAGUGAUCCAGUGGAGCUCUCAAUCAGCUAUGGCCCAGAAAAUAUCAGCUUAACACUUCAUCCGUCACAAGAAUACUACGUGGAAGGGUCAAACAUCAGCCUGUCCUGCUCAGCAGUCUCCAGACCUGCAGCCCUGUUUUACUGGUUUCUGAACGGAGACCAGCUGCCACAUACUGGACCAGAGCUCAGACUGAUGAACAUUGAGCAGAGUCACAGUGGUAAAUACAAAUGUCAGGCCUUCAACAACAAAACUCUGAGAUAUGAAAUAUCCCACAUGUCGGUGGUGACUGUACUCGUGCCAGUGUCCAAUGUGACAGUAACACAGAGCAGCAGCACAGGCUUGUUGGAGUUCAGCAGCUCCGUCAGUCUGUCCUGCUCCUCCUCCGGAUCCUCCCUCCUCUUCCUCUGGCUGAACGGUAGCUCAGAGGUCACAGCCAGCGACAGAGUCCAGCUCACGGAUGAAAACUCCAAUCUGACUAUAGUCAACGUGACACGCUACGACCAGGGACCAUUCAGGUGCAACGUGUCGAAUGGCGUCAAUAAUGGAAUCAGCAAGUCAAUGAACCUGGUCAUCCAAUAUGGACCUGACAACGUGACCAUCAUAGGACCCAAAUCUGUACAUGCCGGAGAUUUUACAAUGCUCUACUGCUCCACUGCGUCGGUUCCACCUGCAAAGUUCACCUGGCUGUUUAAAGGAGAGCCAACCGAUGGUCACGAGACCGUGUACCUCAUACAAUCGAGCCAAAACUCUGACAGUGGGACGUACACAUGCACUGCUGCAAAUACUGUCACAGGACGGAGUCAAACGGUGCAUCAUGAGUUAACCGUCUCAGGUUUCUCAGACUGUAACUGCUCAGCUGUUGCUGCACGAGCGUCCGCCUUGGCAGCCGGAUGUGUUCUCGUUAUUGCAGCGGUGAUUGCAAUAAUUGCGUGCACUCUGGUAAGGAGGAAAAGAGUCAACAGCGACUACCCACCACAUCACAAAGAAAAAAUGAGUGUAAAAAAGAACCAUUCGGAAUUGUACAAGAUCACAGGGACAAUGAAAGGACAUCAGGUAUUGUCCUUCAAGGAAGAAAACAAAGGUGAAGGCUCACACAGGACUUCAACAAGUUUCUAGACCGCCAGUCUGAAAGAAAAUCAUCAGUAUUAAUGAUUUUUCUUUUCAUUUAUUUAUUCACACCAACCAUUUUCUGCCUCCUCCACAUUACAGUUCAAUGUUUUAUGUAAGUUGCAUUUUAACCAGAUAACUGAAUCCAAAGUCAAUAUGUUUGUACAUGUAAAAUAACCCAAAAGCUGUAGAUGAUAAUUGUUGUUUAUUUAGUGAUAUUUAAAAUAAAUUAAUGGAAAUAUAUUUUAUGUGUAUGAUAU